AUGGCCGACGAACCCCGACGCUCCGGCCGAGCCACCAAAGGCCAACACAAGAACCUCGAGCUCCCAGAUGAUCCUGCGAAAAAAGGAAAGAGCAAAAGCCCAAAGGAAAAGAGCGCGAAGUUGUCUGCCGAACCCACACCCGGUCCCAGUGAAGGCGAGGGAGGCGAAGAAGAGAUAAUCCGAUGCAUCUGCGGUGAAUACGAAGAGGAGGAGGACGUGGAGCGCGACAUGAUCUGCUGUGAUCAAUGCUCUGCGUGGCAACACAACGACUGUAUGGGCCUCACAUUUACGAAAGGCCAAGAACCAGAUCAAUACUAUUGCGAACAAUGUCGCCCGGAAAAUCACACAAAGCUCUUGGCAAAGAUCAACGCAGGCGAGAAACCCUGGGAAGAGCUUGCUGAGAAGCGUCGCCAGGAGGCCGAGGAGAAGAAGUCCAAGCGGAAAAAGGGUAAGAAGGGGGGCCGCAAAGGAAGACCAAGUGAGAGCCGGACCGAUGCUAGCACACCAGCUCGUACUGCGCCAUCCACUACACCCGGUCCUGGCGGUUCCCCUACACCCGCCGUGUCCGUUUCAGUCGAACCGGAGAAGAAUGGCCAUGUUGAUUCUCGGCGGUCCAGCACCCACAAGCGCAAACUUGAAGAGACAGUGGAGGCAGAAAAUGGACCACAGGUCAAGCAACAACGGGUAUCCCCACAGGCUACCCCAGCAGCUGUUACGGAGGCAACUGGACCCAAAAUCAAGGCAGAUCCUACCCCCGAGACACCUGCCACUGGUGCCUUGGAUGAGCUGAUUCCUGCCCGCAAGACUGUGGCCACACAUCUCAUCAAGUUGUUCGUAGACCAGGUUUCUGCAGCCCUAAAAGCAGGCUCCUUUACUUUGCGUGAGAACCAGUCAGCGGAGGACAUGGCACAGCAACUUGCUCUAUCCAUUGAGGAUGCCAUGUAUGAGAUUAUCUGCGGACGGUCAGGCGAGCCUAAUGAAUCAUAUAAGGCGCAAUUACGGUCGAUCAUGUUCAAUGUAAAGAAGAAUGCUUCUCUGCGAGAUCGUCUGCUCAUAGGUAGUCUGCCCCCUAAGUCGCUGGCGCAGAUGACAUCUGCGGAGAUGGCCAGCAAAGAACUGCAGCAGAAAGACGCGGAGAUCAAGCGAGAAGCAGACAGGCACCACACCAUUGUCCAGGAACAAGGUCCUCGCAUCCGACGCACUCAUAAAGGAGAGGAGUUGAUUGAAGAUGAACACCAUGGCGCGAACGAGUCUGUCUUCUCCCGUGGACCUCGCCGCGUGGUGGGCGAUGACGGCAGUCCAAUGCACAAAAGCCCGACCAGCCCGAUGGGACAGCAGCAAUCAAAGACAGAGACAGAUGGAUAUGUUCGGGGUCUAUCACCUGAGGGUGCACACCAUGACCACGUCUUCCCCGAAGUGGCUCCCACCAUCUAUGAGCCACUGCCUAGUGGUAGGGUCCAAGCAGAUGCUGAGAUUGAUCAGUUAUUGCGCGACGAGGAACCCUAUUCACCUCCCUAUUCGCCCAAAGACUUCGACGACGACGGCACCAUCUGGCGUGGCAAUGUAACAAUGCCCCCAAUUGGAGAAUUCUCUUCGUCCGCGAAACAUGUGGGAGGUGCCGACUUGAGUGGCCGAAUCCCAUGGAGCCAACUGGCACCUUCCACGUUGGUUGUUGAUGGUCGUAUCGACAUCCGACGGGCAACUGAUUAUCUCUGCGGCCUUCAGUUCAGCAAGUCCACCGAUGUGUCUGUGAUAGCAGUCAGCAGCCCUGACCAACCUACGGAUCGAGCAGGCUUCGACAAAAUGUUUGACUACUUCCAUAGUCGCGGUCGUUAUGGCGUCAUUGGAAAGCACCCGCUGUCCGCGGUCAAAGACACCUACAUUGUCCCGAUGGAGAUCGGCACCACGACAAUGCCUGAGUUCAUUGAGCUGCUGGAGAACAUCUCACUGGAGGGACCCAUUACUCAACGCUUGCUCCUUAUCAUUUUCGUCGUCAAGACUGGCGAAUCCAACCCUUCAUCUGUCCAACCGCCAUCUCACCAGGCUAGCCAGGAGCCACCUGUCUCUGCAAGCCCCGCAGUCGCUGCGACCCCCCAGCAACCUCAGUUCAGCGCUGGAGUUGCGCCGACUCCUCCAUCCCACUUCGGUGGAUUCAACCCCAACCCCGCACCAUACGGCCAACAGGCCCCUGUGCAGGCCACCCCUCAACACCAGCCUGCUCUGACUGGUCUCCCUGCUGCGGUGCAAGUCCUCGGCCCACAAGUUGAUGCCCCAGCCAUUCAGCAACUUCUGAAGAUUGCACCUAACGUGGACAUGGCGCAGCUGAGUGUCGUUCGUGACAUUCUUGUCCGUCAACCUGCCGCAGCUGCUCAUUACGAUACUUUGAUGCAGGCCUUAUUUGAGACCCAAGCAAACGGCCACGUGCCCCAGCAUGGUGUGUGA